AUGGAGUCUUUCCUUCACAUCCUUUCAAGUAUAAGCUAUGAGUCGAUUUCUAUAUUCGACUAUCCUCCUGUUGUAGCAUGGUGUCCUAAUCAUUUCGUUUAUAGAUGGGAACAUCCCAGUUCAUCGUUCAAUCAAUUACAUUUCGCUACUCACUUUGAUACCCUCGAUGUGUCGACAAAAAGAGCACUUACAUUAUCGCUUAUAACUAAUCGGAUGUUGGUAUUCAUACCGUAUACUACUGCUGCACAGAAAGGGGCUCAUACUUUGUGCAAGCCUGGAAGACUUCUGGCACAAAAGAGAUGGUUGAAGAUGGUUGGUUUAGUAGAGACUAGAGUUAAUAGUUCUAAGUUUGAUUCAGUUUGGAGUAAGAUGAAAAGUAAGUUGCCAGGUUGGGAGAUAAUCAAUAACUAUGUGUGUUCUAGUAUGGGCAGAAUCUGGAUCAUUUAUAAUAAGAAUGAUAUAGUUGUCAGCCCUGUUAUAGCUGCAGAUAGAACUGAGUUGUGGAAUAAUAUAUCUCUUAUUAGUCAGUCUAUAGAUGAUAAAUGGAUUGUAAUUGGGGAUUUCAAUGCUGUAAUGAAUGAUGGUAAUAGGUUGGGUGGCAAUAUGAUUGACAUUAAUGCUGCUGAUGAAUUUAAGAACUGUGUUCAUGAUUCAAAUCUUAUGGAACUAAUGAGAACUGGAUUUGGAGGAGAUUGGAUUGGUGUUUCAUUAAUGAUUAGUGGAAUAGCUAUUGGAAUGAUUCUUACUAUGAUGUUAAAAGCCUAUCACUCCCCUCUUAUUGUUCAUCUUGUUAGUAAUAGGGUGAGAAAGGUGUCUUUCAGAUUCUUUAAUGUUUGGAGUGAGCAUCCAUCUUUUCGAAACAUUGUGACUAGUGGCUGGAAUAGAAAUGCUUAUGGGAACCGUAUGAACCAAGUGUAUCAGAAGCUUAAAUGGCUAAAGAAAGACUUGAGAAUGUUAAACAGAUUGGAGUUCAGUGAUAUAUCUGAUAAAGUUGUGAAAACAAAGGAGUUACUAAGCAGUCUUCAAGCUAAUAUUCUUGUGGAUCCUUUUAAUGAAUUACUGCAUGAAGAGGAAAGAGUUAUGUACAAGCAUCUCUAUAAUCAAAUGGCUUGGGAAGAAAGCAUUAUUAGACAGAAAUCCAGAAUUUCUUGGAUUAAAUUGGGUGACCAGAAUACAAAUUUUUUUCAUAGGAGUAUGAUUCAAAGACAAGCUAGGAAAAAGAUUAUUUCUAUAGCUCUCAAUAAUGGUUCUAUCUGUUCUGAUCCAGAAAGGAUUAAGAUGGAAAUUGUUAAACACUAUGAAAACACUAUUGGGUCUUGUUCUCUCAAUAGGAUCAACUCUGAUGCUGAGAUGUUUGCUGAAGGUGUUAAUCUGAGUGAAUCUGACAGAAUGGAGUUAGAUAAAGAGGUUUCUAUAGAUGAAAUUAAAGAGGCCAUUUUCUCCAUCAACAAUGACAAAGCCCCUGGCCCUGAUGGAUACAGUAGUGCUUUCUUUAAGAAGUCUUGGAAUAUAGUUGGAAGUGAUAUCUCUAAGGCCAUCACUGAUUUCUUCUCAAAUGGAAGAAUGCAUAAGCAUACCAAUUCAACCUCCAUUACCCUUAUUCCUAAAGUGCCUGAUCCUAAAAUCAUUGGUGAUUAUAGACCCAUUGCAUGCUGCAAUGUGAUUUAUAAAGGCAUUUCAAAGGUUCUGGCUAGAAGGCUUAGCAGGGUUAUUGGGAAAAUUGUCAAUCCUUGUCAAUCUGCUUUUGUGCCUGGGAGAUGCAUCUCUGAUAACAUCGUUUUAGCUCAUGAGAUAGUGAGAAAUUAUCACAGAGGGAAAGACAAUGCGUGUGCAAUCAAAGUUGACAUCCAGAAGGCGUAUGAUACAGUAGCUUGGGAUUUUAUUGAAGAGAUCCUUAUUGGUUUCAGGUUCCCCAGGAAGUUUACAACUCUAGUCAUGACCUGCAUCAGGACUGCCAUGUUCUCAAUAAUGGUUAAUGGAGAAUCUGUAGGUUUUUUUCCUGGUAAGAAGGGCCUAAGGCAGGGGGACCCCAUAUCCCCCUUAAUCUUUAUUCUUUGCAUGGAGUUUUUUUCAAGAAUUAUGCAGAACAGUACAAAGGAAGGGUCUGGUUACACCUAUCACAAAGGUUGUAAUAGAAUUAAGCUAACUCACCUGGCUUUUGCAGAUGAUCUGCUAAUUUUCAGCAAUGGGGAUCCUGCAUCCAUUAGCAUUAUCAACAAUGCUAUCAAUAAGUUCUCUUCUUGUUCAGGUUUAAAGCCUAAUCAUCAUAAAAGCUCUAUAUUUUUCAAUGGGCCUGCUGGUGAUCAGAAAUCUGCUCUGCUUAAUAUCCUGGAUUUUCAGGAGGGUGAAUUACCUGUCAAAUAUGUAGGUCUGCCUCUUUUUUCUACUAGACUAUCCAAAGAGCACUGUAAUAGCUUAAUUCAAAGAAUAACAAGUAGAGUGUCAGCUUGGAACUCCAGAAUGUUUUUUCUUCCUAAAGCAGUAAUUCAUGGAGUUGAAGCAAUCUGUAGAAGAUACCUUUGGCAUGGUGUGCAUAGCACUAAAAGAGGUGAGCUGGUUAAAUGGAGUUCAGUAAGCACUGGGAAGUGUUGUGGUGGUUUGGGAAUUAAACCAAUCCAUAUAUGGAAUAAAGCUGCUGUUUCUAAGCAUAUUUGGGAGUUGAUUUCAGAGAAGCCUUCCAUGUGGGCUAGCUGGGUCAAUGCUAACAAGCUCAGGAAACUGAGUUUUUGGGGAAUUACCAAACCUCAUGACUGCUCCUGGUCAUGGAGGAAUUUGUUGAAGAUCAGAAGUGAGGUCAAGCCUAUGUUUGAGUAUAAGCUAGGCAAUGGGAAGAAGUUUCAAUUUUGGAAUGACCCUUGGGUAGGAGGAAAGUCUUUGGUGGAAAGAUUUCCUAACAUUAAUAUUGUUGACUCAGAUGUUCCUAAAGAAACAAAGGUUUUCAAGCUUUGGAGGAAUAACUGUUUGUCCUUUCCAGACCCUAUGGAUGACCAUACUCUUGAUGCUGGGAAUUACAUUCAAAGCAAUUACAAAAUCAACAAUACUACCGAUGAUAAAAUAGUGUGGAAAGCUCAGAAUAAUGGAUACUUUUCUAUUAAAAGUGCCUGGAGUUUCUUAGCUGGUGUUUGUGAGAAGGUUACUUGGCAUUCUUUAAUUUGGUUUGCAGGUCAAAUCCCCAGAUACUCGUUUAUCACUUGGCUGGCCAUUUUGAAUAGAUUAAACACCAGGGACAAACUUGCAAGAUGGAGUGUAAUCAACUCUGCUAUGUGUGUGUUUUGUAAUGCUCACAGUGAGUGCACUGAGCACCUCUUUUUUAGAUGUGAUUUUUCUGCUGAUGUCUGGAGGAGAACUCUGGAUGUCUUGGGAUUCCAGAGGCAAGCUUUUGACUGGAGAAGAGAGGUGAGCUUCUUUACCAGAAGAUCAAAAGGAAAAUCCAGGAUUGCUAAGACCAGGAAGAUCUGGUUCACUGCCACAGUUUAUCAUCUGUGGAUAGCCAGGAAUGAUGUUAUUUUCAACCAAAAAACAGACACUUGUGAUCAAAUCUUUGAGAAGAUCAGGAAGGCAGUUGAAGCUAGACUGAAUUAG